AUGGAGGUGACAUUCGCACACGGGAGACAGUUUACAAACACAUUAAAGGAGCUCUGUCUUGUCAACGUUACUUUAAAUGAAACACUUAAUAUACAGCAGUGUGAUCAACUACAAGAACUGCAGUUGGACACGUUAACAUUUUCUGACGACUUCCGCCUGGACCUGUCCUCAUUCACGCACCUUUCUAAGGUAAUUCUUCAAAACCUCCGCCUCAGGCAUGUGACCAUCGCCCCGACCCAGCUGGAGAAGUUCUGGGUCUCUAUCAAGAAUAACAUACGAGAGAACAUACCGCCUAUGGAGGUGACAUUCGCACACGGGAGACAGUUUACAAACACAUUAAAGGAGCUCUGUCUUGACAACGUUACUUUAAAUGAAACACUUAAUAUACAGCAGUGUGAUAAACUACAAGAACUGCAUUUGGACACAAUAACAUUUUCUGACGACUUCCAUCUGGACCUGUUCUCAUUCACGCACCUUUCUAAGGUAGUUCUUCAAAACCUCCGCCUCAGGCAUGUGACCAUCGCCCCGACCCAGCUAGAGAAGUUCUGGGUCUCUAUCAAGGAUAACAUACGAGAGAACAUACCGCCUAUGGAGGUGACAUUCGCACACGGGAGACAGUUUACAAACACAUUAAAGAAGCUCAGUCUUGACAACGUUACUUUAAAUGAAACACUUAAUAUACAGCAGUGUGAUCAACUACAAGAACUAUGGCUGGACACGUUAACAUUUUCUGACGACUUCCGCCUGGACCUGUCCUCAUUCACGCACCUUUCUAAGGUAGUUCUUCAAAACCUCCGCCUCAGGCAUGUGACCAUCGCCCCGACCCAGCUGGAGACGUUCUGGGUCUCUAUCACGGAUAACAUACGAGAGAACAUACCGCCUAUGGAGGUGACAUUCGCACACGGGAGACAGUUUACAAACACAUUAAAGGAGCUCAGUCUUGACAACGUUACUUUAAAUGAAACACUUAAUAUACAGCAGUGUGAUCAACUACAAAAACUAUGGCUGGACACGUUAACAUUUUCUGACGACUUCCACCUGGACCUGUCCUCAUUCACGCACCUUUCUGAGGUAGUUCUUCAAAACCUCCGCCUCAGGCAUGUGACCAUCGCCCCGACCAAGCUGGAGAAGUUCUGUGUCUUUAUCAAGGAUAACAUACGAGAGAACAUACCGCCUAUGGAGGUGACAUUCGCACACGGGAGACAGUUUACAAACACAUUAAAGAAGCUCUGUCUUGUCAACGUUACUUUAAAUGAAACACUUAAUAUACAGCAGUGUGAUAAACUACAAGAACUAUGGCUGGACACGUUAACAUUUUCUGACUACUUCCGCCUGGACCUGUCCUCAUUCACGCACAUUUCUAAGAUAGUUCUUCAAAACCUCCGCCUCAGGCAUGUGACCAUCGCCCCGACACAGCUGGAGAAGUUCUGGGUCUCAAUCAAGGAUAACAUACGAGAGAACAUACCGCCUAUGGAGGUAACAUUCGCACACGGGAGACAGUUUACAAACACAUUAAAGGAGCUCUGUCUUGACAACGUUACUUUAAAUGAAACACUUAAUAUACAGCAGUGUGAUCAACUACAAAAACUAUGGCUGGACACGUUAACAUUUUCUGACGACUUCCACCUGGACCUGUCCUCAUUCACGCACCUUUCUGAGGUAGUUCUUCAAAACCUCCGCCUCAGGCAUGUGACCAUCGCCCCGACCCAGCUGGAGAAGUUCUGUGUCAUUAUCAAGGAUAACAUACGAGAGAACAUACCGCCUAUGGAGGUGACAUUCGCACACGGGAGACAGUUUUCAAACACAUUAAAGAAGCUCAGUCUUGACAACGUUACUUUAAAUGAAACACUUAAUAUACAGCAGUGUGAUAAACUACAAGAACUAUGGCUGGACACGUUAACAUUUUCUGACGACUUCCGCCUGGACCUGUCCUCAUUCACGCACCUUUCUAAUGUAGUACUUCAACACCUCAAACCAAGGCAGGUGACCAUAGACCCGACCCAGCUGGAGCAGUUCUGGGUCUCAAUCUAUGCUAACAUGCGAGGGAACAUACCGCUUAUGGAGGUGACAUUCGCAGAAGGGAGACAGUUUACAAACACAUUAAAGGAGCUCUGUCUUGACAACGUUACUUUAAAUGAAACACUUAAUAUACAGCAGUGUGAUAAACUACAACAACUAUGGCUGGACACGUUAACAUUUUCUGACGACUUCCGCCUGGACCUGUCCUCAUUCACGCACCUUUCUAAUGUAGUACUUCAACACAUCAAACUAAGGCAGGUGACCAUAGACCCGACCCAGCUGGAGCAGUUCUGGGUCUCAAUCUAUGCUAACAUGCGAGAGAACAUACCGCUUAUGGAGGUGACAUUCGCAGAAGGGAGACAGUUUACAAACAGACUACGAGUGCUCAGCCUUGACAACGUUACUUUAAAUGAAACACUUAAUAUACAGCAAUGUGAUAAACUACAAAAACUACAGUUAAACACAUUAACAUUUUCUGACAACUUUCACCUGGACUUGUCGUCCUUUACGGCACUCACUAUGCUAUCACUGACUAACCACCGCCACCAGCAUGAGACUUUUCUCACGGUCCCGCGGAAGGAGUUCUGGGUCUCCAUCAAGAAAUACAUGCGAGAGAAUAUACCGCCCACGGAAGUGAUAUUCACACAAAAGGGCCACUUCACAAACAAACUUCGAGAGCUCCGUCUAUACAACGCUACUUUAAAUGAGAACCUUAAUAUUCAGCAGUGCGAUAAACUACAGCAACUACGAUUGGGCAAAUUAUUAUAUCCUGAGGACGGCAACCAGGACCUUUCCUUCUCCUGUACGGACCUCACUGUGGUAACACUACAGAACCUCAGCCUCCAUCAUUUGAUCAUCGUCCCGACCCAGCUCGAGAAAUCAUGGGUGCUUGUCAGCAAUAACCUUUCGAAGAUGAUACCGCACAUUCAAGAAGCAUUACAGAGCGACGGACAAAUUACAAAUAUAUCUCAAAUAUAUCGCUCGGAGGGAUUCGCGUAUAUUAGCUAAGUUAUUCAAAUGAACACAAGUUUGUUACUACAUAAGUUGACUCUCAGUUUUAUUUGAAACGUGUUGAAAUUGGAAAAGUAGGAGAGUUAUUUAAAAUGUUAGAUUGUACGAGGGGUGAUAGGGAAGUUCGUAGCCUGUUCGUAUAACUUUAUUAUUAUUUUUUAUAACCGUGCAGUUGAGAUACAAAAACAUUUUGUAUUUUUUGCUGAAUUAUCAGUGUCCAUAGAAACGCGCACCCGGAGCACGUAAAAGUUUUGCACUUUUAAACAUUUAUUAAAUUUAUUACUACCGCAUUUGAAUGCGUUUUCUUUUACGUACGACUGCGCGAAAUCGUCUGCUGUCCAACGUUUAUGAUGUCAGUUCCUGAAAUUGUGACGUUUGUUAUUGUUUCCUUUUGAAAGAAAUGCUUAUUUUAACGGCGUUGUCACUUACCAUAUUUUCAAAACCAUGACGUCAACGGGCGACGUCGUGUUAAGAGCAGCCAUUAAAUUUUGCGUGGGUUUAGACAAGAAACAAAGUGAAAGAUUGAAGAUGUUACAUUCCUAAUACGACCAAUAAAUGCAGUAGGGCGCUUGUCUUUAAGUGGCACCGACGGUUUCGGUAAGGAAGGUGCUCUAUAGAAGACGAUCAACGAUGUGGCCGGCCGUCUAAGCGGAAAUAUUCGAUUUCAGAUUAACUGAAAGAUAUGGUGUACAGUGACAGGCGACACACUUGGAGAAGAGUUAGCUUCUGAACUAGAUAUAAACUGAAAGAUAUGGUGUACAGUGACAGGCGACACACUUGGAGAAGAGUUAGCUUCUGAACUAGAUAUUUCCACUUCUACAGUGCAUGAAAUUUUGAACACAGAAUUAGGCAUGUUUAAAGUGUGCGCGCGCUGGGCGCUGAGACUCCUUCAAGAUCACGAGCGGGCAACAAGGGUUUACUGUUCGCAAGAGUUCGUCCGCCCGUAUGAGCAUGAAGGCGAAGAAUUUCUCGACCGCAUAGUUACAAACCGACGAAAUUUGGUUAUGGCACUUCGACCCGAAGACGAAAGCCCAGUCAUGUAUAUGGAAAACCCCGGGGACCCCUCCCCAUGCUCCUAUUGCACCAGAUUCCCGAUGGCCAGACAGGGACCGCUAGUUAUUAUUUGAAGAUUCUCAGGCGUGACUUGAUGCAUUCAUUGAAGAAGAAACCCCCCAAUCUCGACCCCGAGCGCAUAAUAUUCUAACACUCAAGGACACAGAGCUGACUCAACCCUCCUUGAAAUCAACUUGCUUGGUUUAGAAAUUCUUCAGCAUCCACCCUACAGCCCCCAUGGAUUUCAGAGUUUUCCCGGAAACUAUGGCAGCGCUACGAGGCGUGCGGUUUGAUGACGCCAGUGAGCUUCGUAUGUAUACGCAAAAUGUUGUUUCGUCAUACGACAGUGAAUGGUUCAGCUAUACCUACACUAUAUGGUUACAGAGACAUAGAAAAUGCAUUCAAAUCCGCGUUGAUUACGUUGAAAAAAAUGUGACUGAAUCUUUGACGUUAUCAUGACGUCGCUUGUUGUACUCUGGCGUGCUCCGGGUACGCCGUACAGUGUUAUUGUUAUUUACUGUAACUUUUUUAUUUUUCUAUGUAUUAACCUUAUAUUUAUACAUCGUGGACACAAUAUACAUUAACCUUUAAAUUAUAUAUUCUUUCCAAGUAUAUAGUAAUUUAUUUUAUUUUUCGAGCAAUAGUCUACGAACUUCCCGAUCACCCUCGUAUACUAUAGAUAUUGCUAAUAGUACGUUUCAAUCUUGUAAAAUGUUUUAGUUCAUUUUUUUUAAUAUAACAUGUAUUCAGAAAUUGUACAAAGACACAUGUUAAAAACCACUGAACAUUUAUGCCAAGAUAUGUUAAUAUAGUUAAAUAAACUCGCUGUAUUUGUAUAUAGAGCUUUUAAAGAUGCACUCUUACUCCCGAACAAGAUGUACCACAAUUAAUGCAAUAGUUUUAAUUUACCCAAAAGUAUUGAUAAAUAUCGACAACAAUGGUUCUUAUGAAGGAUGCUGUGUUUAAUUUGAAAGAAAGGUGCAGAAAACACGGUAUUUCUACCAUUUGAGAUGAUAGUUGAUCACUGUAAAUCAUUUAGCACUCACCAAUCAUUUAAUAUUUGUGCGUUUUCAGCUAUUUAAUACACGGUUACAAUCACAUUAUCAGUAAUUAAUAUUUUCCACAAAUGCAUUAUUUAAUAAGUAUUUAAAGGUUUAACACUCAAAUUUUAUGUUUGUUGGACAUGUGUAUGUAACACUGGAGUUUCACUUUAAUUAGAAAACAAUUUACUAUGUCGCUUAAAACAUGUUUGUGGACUGUAUUUUUCUCAGAAUUUACAAAACUGGUUACAAUGUUAAAUAUAUCCCAAAUCUAAAGAGGUCAUGCAUGUGUUUGGAAAAAAUAACACAAUAACUAUUGACAUAUUAUAGUCUGUUUUACAUAGAUGUAUUUUGUUUAGAACCUAAUCGAUUGAUAUUUUAAUUUCAAUAUGCCAUAAUUUGUGCUCAAAUGCUGUACACACCAGGUGAUGCUGUAUGCUCUUUCAUUACAUGUACUCUGAGAUCGCCAUGUAUUUGUGAGGAUGUAUUAUUUCUAGUCAAUGAUCAAGGGCCAUUUUAACCCAUUUCAAUGUAUUAAUUAGGUUGAAUAUUUGAACUGGAAGACAAUUCUGUUUUAUUUAUGUUCUGUUGAUAAUCUUACAUAUGCAUGUAUUACAUUAAAGUUUUGUGUACACACUAUUUACAGUUGCCAUAAAGAGUAAUAGAAGUUAUCGCUCUUUAAGAUGUAUGUUAAGUUUGUAUUUUAAGAUACAUUCAAUGAACUAUAAUUGUAAAAUAUGUUGAGACCAGUUUUGCAUUUCAUGAAAUUAAUAUAGAGUGUUGUAUAUUAUACAAUUCAUUAUGAGAAUAUGUUUAAUAUGUUAACAUUAUCUGCAAUAAAGAUAUGAAAUAUC